AAACGUAAGUAGUUGAUUAUGUGAAAUAAUUAAAACCAAUUCAAAUAAGGAAAAGAGCGUAUCAGAAAAUGUUCUGAGUUUCGAAAGAGAAAAAAAUAUUAUAUUUAUCUAACCAAUAAGGCAAUCUUUCCAAUAAGUAUGUCCUCCUUACGAACAAAUCUAAUAUGAACGCAAUAUAUACAUAAGAAAUUUUUACCAAUUUAAUAGUGCUGGAUUUGUCACUCUCAAUUUUUAAAUGGAGUUUAACCUUAAAUUAUUAAAUCUCCAAUUAGAGAGAUCUGAGCUACAAUCAUUGUUGACAGUCAGCUGUUAAGUUAUUUCUGCUUAUUUGAGCUAUAAUAAGUAAAGAUUAUUAAAUUAAUGAAUAAAUAGCAAUACUAGAAAAUAUGAUAGAGAUAAAAGCAAAAUUUGUACGAGCAGAUUCUGCAAUAUAUGCUUCAGGAGAACGGGUAGAAUGUCUGAUCGAAUUUGGCCAUCGUGGCAAUGACAGAGAGGAGAACUUGGCUUGGGCCUCCGCGCAACUCCAUUGCUAUCGAAAAACCAACUAUAACAUCACUUCAGGGGACAAAAUAAAUGAGUUAGCAGAGCUAGUUGGUAAAACUGCUUUAGAUGCAGGAGCACAAGCUAAUGGUGAUAUAUUAAUUGCCACUAAGCCAAAGAUAUUAUUUUGCGAUUUAAAAUUAUUGCCAAGUGAAACGAAAAUUUAUUUUUUCAAUGAAAUUUUACCUCGUAAUGGUCCGCCUACGUAUCGGGGUCACGACAUUAAGUACUUUUACAGGAUUACAAUAGCCACACAAAGAGUUAAAUCUAAAGUGCAAAUGCUUAGUGUGCCUAUACGGGUAUUACCUAUACCAAUAAUUGCACGGCCUGAUGAGAUGCAUUGCACUGAAGAAACAAAUGACGAGCUAGCGCCUACUAAUCCCUUCCUUGAAAAAAGAGAAAUAUCCGAGUUGGAAAUAUCAUGGCAUCACCUUAAGAAUGUAACUGCCCGCCGAGCGCCUAAAUAUUAUCGUAUAUCUAACAAGCGUGGAUUUGUUGGUCGGUUUUGCUUGUUUAAACCGUCUUACAAAAUCGGGGAAGAUAUAGUGGGUAGCCUUGACUUUAGCAAUUGCAAAGUACGUUGUGUCCAAUUUUCAGUGAAACUGCAAGCUCAAGAAAUAUCACUUCAAAGUAAUGCCGAUCAGGCAAAUGAGUUCAAUGAUGCAUCCUCUGUAAAUUCCCUGGACUUGGCAAGUAUCGCUAGUGGAACAGCAAUAGAUAAUUUACAUAAAUCGAAGACAUCUGGUAGCGCACGGGAUAUUGCCGACGAGGAGCCUAUAGGAAAGAUUAGCACACUGGCAACCAUUCAUCAAAUGUGCUAUGCUAUGUUGAAGACCUCUGUGAUUAUACCUAUACCAUUACAUGUAACACCCUCAUUCCGAACCGAUUUGGUCGAGCUACGAUGGCGUUUACAUUUUGAAUUUGUCACAAGCACAAUGAUGGACUUUGGUAAACCCAAUCCAAUAGAGGGUGAGCUCAAAGCUCCUGCCGAAAUACCUGUAGAAACAAUGGUGUGGAAUUUGCCAAUUGCUGCAAUAUACGCUGCUAACCCCCUUCAAAUAUAUUCACCCAGCCAAACACAUAGUCUAUUGAUUAAGUGAACAAUGUACAUUUGUAUGAUCAGAGCAUAGUGUACACACAUACCCACGUUAAGAUAUGUAGUGCACACUUUUAAAUAUAUUAAUUGUAAUAAUUUAGAAUGUAAAAUUAGAUGAUAUAUAUUAAAAAUAAACUUAAUUUGAAGAUAUUUUGAAGGUAA